AUGCUAGGAAUUGUGAUAACUGUCAAAGGACAGGAGCUAUUUCAAGAAGGCAUGAGAUGUCGUUACAAGGUACUUAGACAUUAUGGGGUGAAACAUAAAGUGGUUGCACCCUAUCAUCCACAAACAAAUGGUCAAGCUGGAGUUUCCAAUAGGGAAAUUAAGAGGAUAUUAGAGAAGACAGUUGCUGUUUCACGAAAGGAUUGGUCACGGAAAUUAGAUGAUGCUCUUUGGGCAUACAGGACGGCUAUGAAGACUUCAUUGGGGUUAUCACCUUUUCAGAUGGUAUAUGGGAAAGCAUUUCACUUUCCAGUAGAGAUGGAACAUAAGGCUUUGUGGGCUUUGAAAUUUUUAAAUUUUGAUCCUCAUGAAAUUCAAAGCAAAGGAAGAGAUCAGUUGUUAGAACUUGAAGAGAUGCGGUUACAUGCAUAUGAUUCAUCAAGGAGUUAUGAAGAAAAGGUGAAAUUUUAUCAUGAUAAAAAGUUGAUAAAGAGAGUUUUCACUCCAUGA